AUGACAGGGGAGGCAUUUACUUCCAAAGAUCCAAAGAAGAUCGAUGGGGCUCCUACUUGUUCUACCAACUACCAAGCUAUUAAUGAAAGUGGGUCAACCCAAUCUCUCACUAAAACAUCACUAGGUAGUGAACAGAAAGAUACUCCACCAAACCCACCAUCUUUGUCGAAUGAAGUUAUUGCAAACAAGACUCCAUCCACGACUUCAACCACAGUUGAUGUUGAGAUAGAGGACCAUUGCAGCAUCCAAGAGUUCCCAACUCUCCCUACGGGUAACAAUGUUCGGGACUUUUCCCCUGUUCCCAUGGUUGGGGGAUCUUCUAAUGGGCAGCAUCCAAGCAAGCAUAUGAGUGUUCCACAAACUAAGCCCACACCUGCAAAGCCAUGGAGCCAAGUAUUAAAGCAGAAUGCUAUGGAAAAAUCCAGCUCUCUGCAACAACACCCUUCUGAGGCCAGCUCAGAUAGGCUAGAUAAGGGAAAGGCAAUUGCAACUUUGAAUGGGUUAGAGCAGCAAGAGGCUGGUCAGACUCAAGCAGAGGAACUGAUAGGAGGUUACCAAGCUUCUUCCUCAGUCAUGGUCAAGAAUAAUAUGGGAAUGGUUAUCCAAGGUGGCGCCUCUAACUCUUCUCAACAAGAUAUUUUGGGUCAUGAUCACCAUAUCACUGAGAUAACAGUCAAUAAGAGUACCUCUCCUCAACUGCUCAUGCAAGCUGGUGUUACUUUGGCAUCUAACAAAUUUGAGGAGCUCAACAAGGAGGGGGGCAAAUUGUGGUUGAUUUAA